GAAUGUUACGACGAUGGUAAUGAAUUUUGUAUCGAUCAGAAUGACAUUUUAUCGGGCGAUCUGUUACCUGGAUCGUUUUUAUUUAUGGAUCAAUACUACCACGAAAACAAGUCAAGAAAAGUGAAUACAUCGAUUACCGACGGUUCUUUCGUCAAGGCUUUAGAUGAAAUGGAUUAUCACAGAAAAAGAAUGAACGAAUUCUUGUGCCAUGGUUAUGUGGCAGAAGAAAUUUUCAAAGAAUUCGGUGCGAUGCAAAGAGUCAAACGUAAAAAUGAGGUACGGCCAGAAGAUGCACUUCCUGAUAUUUUGGGAGAGCAAAACGUGACUGUUCAUGACAAGCUGCUUUCCGAUGAAGGAAGUUCCAAGUACAAAGACUGGUUGCACAGAACAACAACGUUGGACGACAUAUACCGACAUUACAAUCCUCAUAAAAAAAUAAUGAAAAAACAAGAGGUUCACGAGGAUCCUGAAUUUGAUGACUUCCAGGAGUUUGAAGGCGAGUUAACUGGUUAUACCAUGCCAGCUGUAUCUUCCGGAAAGAUGGGAAGACCUGGAGGUUAUUAUUUAGAAUACAUACGUAAAAAAUUAACAAUGCACACAAAGUAUAAGUACAAUCACCUUGUCCCCGCUGGAACGGGCUAUGGCUACCCAAGUUACAGUCAACCGUCUCAUUAUCAGCCACCACCGCAUCAUCCACCCCCGGACUUCUCGCCAAUGGUUCACGAGCAGCACAUUUACUUGUCACACGAGGAAGAAGAUGAAGAAUACUAUCCACAUCAUUCAGUGGGGAAAAGCAAGGGUGAACUGACUGUGAAGGAUUUUUUUGAAAUCGCCUUAACUGCUCUUGCUUUUCUUGCCUUUGGGCUCUUUAUCAUUCAGCUGCUCAUGAGUAUUACGAAUCCAAUGAUGACGACUGUGAUGAGUACGGUGCCAGACAUAGAUCAGCGCUUCAAACGCCAAGCAUUUGAUUCUCAAGCGCUGAGGUACAAAAACGACCAAGAAUUAAACGAGCUAGCUCAGCGAGUGUUGCGCUCAAUCGAAGCUGUACUUGUGGCCCAGGCAGACUCCGGAAAAUGUCUGCGACGGUUACUGUGUGAGGACAAUCGCUUUUCCAGGGAAACGGAGGACGGUCGGCGCAUCUGGAUUCCCGUCUGGAGCUUAGGUAUGAGCUGGGUGUCAGGACGAGUUUUGCUUCGUGAUCGUUGGUCGGCUAUGCUGGACUCUGUAAAGGCGUCCGUACUGGGGCUUGGUCAGGUUGACUGCGCUAGUCUUUAUCCCGACUGCCAGCUUUGGCGGGAACGUGUGAAGAGACGUCGGCGCAGAAGAAAGUGA